GGUGCUCUUGUUGCAGGCGGCGAGCGCAGCUCUUGUAGCAGAGCGGGCCUCCCGGAGGAUCCUGGAGAGGUGACGGUCGACGAGGGCCCCGAGCUGGGCGAGCUCAAACAGGAUGACGAGCAGCUGGGGCUGGUGGUGACGGCGUGCUUCUCGCUGCAGGACGAGCAGUGCCCCGCGGAGGACGCGGCGAGGGGUGGCCCUGGGGACGGCGAGGUGCAGCCCGAGCAGCGCGACGAGGAAGUGGCGCCUCCUCCCGGCGACGCAACCAGGCAGGGCGGCUCUACCGUCCGGUGUGGAACCCGCGACGCUCAGCCGGCGCAGAUCCAACAGCAGGACGACCAGAAGGCCUCGCGGGUGCUGCGGAAGAAGCAGCUCGGCCGGAAGUACACCGGCAGCGGCAGCGGAAGUAAAAGCAGUGCCAGCAGCGCUCUGCAGGCAAACUCACGCGGGUGCACCGGCGGGGCGUUCAAAUGUGAAGUCUGCGGGAAGAGUUUUGCUUGGGCGAGUCAUCUGAAGAGGCAUAGAAUGUCCCACACUGGUGAAAAACCAUUUAGCUGUGAACUUUGUCCGAUGCGUUUUACUGAGAAAGGUGAUCUUGUUAAGCACGUGAGGACACACACUGGUGAAAAGCCAUACAAAUGUGACAUAUGCAAAAUGCGUUUUACUCAGAAAUGCACUCUUGUCGCACACUGGUGAAAAGCCAUUCAAGUGUGACGUAUGUAAAAUAAGUUUUACUGAGAAAGGCACUCUUGCCAGGCACGUAAGAACACACACUGGUGAAAAGCCAUUCAAGUGUGAUGUGUGUAAAAUGCGUUUCACUCAGAAAUGGACCCUUGUCGCUUACUUAAGGACACACACUGGCGAAAAGCCGUAUCACUGUAGUGGGUGCGAUAAACGUUUCAGUGAUAAAUCCAACCUCAGAAGUCACAAAAGAACUUGCAGUUAGAGCUUUAUUUUCGGUUUCAAAUUUUGUGUGUGUUUAUGUUUGUUUUUAGUUGUUCUUCGUUAACCGAAUAGAAUGGUCUUGACGCUGUCGACACCUACUUUUGAUUCACCUUCACCCUUGUUUGGUUAACUGGUGCUUCCAUAGCCAUAUUGAUUUGCUCUGUCCAAUACGUUUCACUGACAAAAUCACUUUUGUCAAUCACAUAAGGACACACUAUGUCAAGAUACCAUAUAUGUAUGUGAUGUGUGUAAGGAGGACUCUUAGUUUAAAUUUGAUUUGAAUAAACAUAAACAAGUUUGUAUUUCU